CCGUAACCAGCUUGCCCAUGUAUUCGAAUAUACUACGUAACUCAUAUAAACAGGCCACGCGCGCAGAUCCCCCUGACACUCUGUCUCUCUCUCCCUCCUCUCUGUCUCUCUCGUCUUUAUCGACGAUCGAUUCCAGCCGAUAACCAGUCAAUUAUCGCCGUUCGCCAUGGCAGCGGUGAUCGAAUCCGCUUGGUCGUAUCUUAUUACUCAUUUUAGUGACUUCCAAUUGGCUUGCCUUGGUAGUUUCUUUCUUCAUGAAAGUGUCUUCUUCUUGUCUGGGCUACCCUUCAUAUUAUUUGAAAGGGCUGGAUGGCUGAGCAAGUACAAGAUCCAGACAAAGCAUAACACACUGGCAGCUCAAGAAAAAUGUAUCACUCGCUUGGUUCUGUAUCAUUUUGGUGUUAAUCUCCCAGUAAUGAUUUUAUCCUACCCUGUCUUUAGAUACAUGGGGAUGCGAAGUAGCCUUCCUUUGCCAUCCUGGAAGGUGAUUUUAACUCAAAUAUUAUUCUACUUUAUCCUGGAAGACUUUGUGUUCUAUUGGGGACAUAGGAUUCUGCAUACAAAAUGGCUAUACAAGCAUGUCCACAGUGUCCAUCAUGAGUAUGCAACACCAUUUGGAUUGACUUCAGAAUAUGCUCACCCUGCUGAAAUUCUCUUUCUUGGAUUUGCAACAAUAAUUGGUCCGGCAAUCACUGGCCCUCAUCUCAUCACACUAUGGCUGUGGAUGGUACUUAGAGUCAUUGAGACAGUUGAGGCACAUUGUGGUUAUCAUUUCCCAUGGAGUCUCUCUAAUCUCUUGCCUUUAUAUGGCGGGGCUGAUUUUCACGACUAUCAUCAUCGACUGUUGUAUACGAAGUCUGGGAACUACUCAUCAACAUUUGUUUAUAUGGACUGGGUAUUUGGGACUGACAAGGGUUACAGAAAAUUGAAAGCCCUUAAGAACGGCGGAAGUGAAGCAGAGUACAAAAAGAUGUAAGAUGAACAAAGUAUGAAACUCCGUAUAUUUUACUUGUUGCAUCUUGUGUGGUACUGUACUCUUUUGUGCCAGUUAUGUUUUUAACGUAAAAAGCAGUUUGAGCUCUGUUUUUUUCUUUUCCCCAUUCCCACCUUGUAUAUGGAUGGAUGGAUGUUCAGUUUUAUUCUCUCUCUUCUUUUCUCGAUCUCCCCUUUAACUUUCAAUAUUUGUGACUUUGUGGAACCACACAUUAUCUGGAGUUUGCCUGUGAUCAAUUCUGCUCCCAAGCCUCCCAUUGCGGGUUCUGAAAGAACCUUCGGAUUCCCUACAAAGAGUGUAAGUGUAAGAUAUGCUUUCCAUUGUGAAAUUUCUUGUGGGAUGCCACACUUGUAGGUCUAUUCUGGUAUUUUCUAUGACAGUGUUUGAUUUCUAUUAUAAUGCAGAGAUGCAUGGCAAUCCAAAAAUGCUGUUUGGUUUCUUAUUGGUUGUUAUAUAACCGAUAUUAUUUCUACAUAGAAACACCCGAAGGAGUCUUUGACUCUGGCCUACUCAAAUGCCUCGGUCAGCUAUGAUCCUUUAGAUGACUCAUUUUUCUUAGAUGAUUUUCUAGGACAUGCAACGGAAAGCGUCCACCUAUUUCAAAUCAGGAUCAGAAUGAUAUUCCAGAAUCCAAAUUCAAUUGAGCUAUUUCCUAUACAACAAAGUUCAUCAUUUCGGAUAACUGCCUUCAACCGGACAACCUGAAUACACUACCGAAAAUUUACAUGAAAUCACUUUCCUUAAAUUUACAUAAAUAUUAGCAAUUAAAUUAUUUCUCUCUUUAUUUGAAUGAUUUUAUACAUAUUUGAUAAGUUUUUC